GCGUCCUCUCUCCGAGCAGGCUCGGGCAAAGCUCUCCACCCUGCGCGCACCUCCCGGGCAGGACCAUGGGCAGCCGGGCGCUCGCAGGGGCCAUGCUGUGCGGGCUGCUGGCACCCGCUCUCCUCUUCGCAGGAUCUAGUUCAGGGUCAAAAUUAAAAGGUCCUGAACUGAGUAUAAAAGGCGCACAGCACGUCAUUCGAGCAGGCCAGACUUUAAAUCUCACAUGCAGGGGGGAAAUGGUUCAUUCAUGGUCUCUGCCUGAAGCUCCAAGUAAGGAGAGCAAAAGGCUGAAAGUAAUUAAAUAUGCCUGUGGAAGGAAUGGCAAACAGUUCUGUAGUAGCCUGACCUUGAUCAGAGCUCAAGCAAAUGACACUGGAUACUAUAGCUGCAAAUAUGCAUCGUCAAGUGCUGUAAAAAAGAAGAUAGAAUCAACAGUCUAUGUAUUUAUUAACGAUACAGGCAGUCCAUUUGUACAGCUGCACAGCGACAUACCUGAAAUUAUACAGAUGACUGAGGGAAGAGAGAUGAUCAUUCCAUGCAGAGUCACCGCACCAGACAUUGCUGUUACAUUAAGAAAGAUUCCACUAGAAACUCUCAUUCCUGAUGGAAAGACAAUAAUUUGGGAUAGCACGAAAGGCUUUAUAAUACCAAAGGCAACAUACCAGUUCAUAGGUCUCAUGAGCUGUGAGACAACCAUUGAUGGGCAUAAGUAUAGUACGAAAUACCUAACACACCGACAAAGCAACACAAUAUACGAUGUCCAGUUAAACACCCCGAAUCUAGUCAAAUUGCUGAAAGGAGACAUGCUUGCCAUUAACUGUACAGUUGCUGCAGACUGGAACACAAGAGUUCAGAUGACAUGGAGUUACCCUGGUGAGGCAGACCGCAGAGCAUCUAUAACAAACCGCAUGCGCCAAAGGAAUACAGAUGCCAAUAUUUUCUACAGUAUUCUUGUUGUUGGCAAAGUGCGUGAUAUUGAUAAAGGCCAGUAUACCUGCCAUGUGAAGAGUGGACCAUCAAUCAAGUCUGUUAACACAACAGUCCACGUUUACGAUAAAACAUUCAUUACUUUGAAACACCGAAGAAAAAGUGUGCUUGAAACUGUAGCUGGCAGAAAAUCCUAUCGGCUGUCAAUGAAAGUGAAGGCAUUUCCCUCACCAGAGGUUGUAUGGUUAAAAGAUGGGUUACCCGCUGCUGAAAAGUGUGCCCGCUAUGUGGCUAAAGACUAUUCAUUAAUCAUCAGAGAUGUUGCUGAAGAGGAUGCGGGGAAUUAUACUAUAACACUGAGUAUACGACAGUGGAACUUGUAUAAGAACCUAACAGUCACACUCAUUGUAAAUGUGAAACCCCAGAUCUAUGAAAAAGCAGUGUCAACAUUUCCUGAUCCCAAUCUCUACCUAGUGGGCAGCAAGCAAGUGCUGACUUGCACCGUUUAUGGUAUUCCUCAGCCUACAGUUACGUGGAUAUGGCAUCCUUGUAGACAAAAUCAUUCCAAAGCAAGGUAUGAUGUUUGCUCUAACACCGAGGGACCUUUCAUCUUGAAAAGUGGCAGCAGCACGGGAAACAGAAUUCAGAGCAUCACUCAACACAUGGCAAUGCUAGAGGGGAAGAAUAAGACUGCUAGCAUUCUGGUUGUAGCUGAGGCUAAAUCUUCUGGAAUCUACAGCUGCGUGGCUUCCAAUAAAGUAGGAAAUGUUGAAAGAAACAUUAGCUUUUAUGUAACAGAUGUGCCAAAUGGAUUUCAUAUUAAUUUGGAAAAAAUGCCCAUUGAAGGAGAGAACCUGAUAUUGUCCUGUUCAGCCAACAAAUUCCUGUACAAAGACAUUGCUUGGAUUUUGCCGAGGACAGUUAAUAAUCAAACAAAAGCAAAAAAGCACAUCACUAAGGAAUACUCCAAUACUCUCAUUCUAACCAUCAAGAAUGUUUCCCUGGAACAUUCAGGCACCUAUGCCUGCAGAGCAAGGAACAUAUACUCGGGGGAAGAAGUGCUUCAAAAGAAAGACGUUACAAUUAGAGUUGCUCCCUUUCAGGCUCUGAGGUAGUGCACCUCCAAAAAUGGGUAUGGACAUAGGAGGAAUAGCGAAACAAAAGCAUAACACACGGGCUUCCAGUUCAGUUCAGACGGUGUGUUCUGCUUUGGCAAAGCUGGUGGAAGUAGGGGUUUGGAAGAUCCCCUGUACUGCACUGUGUAUGUUGUGUUGUUGUGUCUCUUGCUGCCUCCUACUGAAUGAUAAUGAAAACUUUGGACCAAUUUUAUCUUCUGCUUUGGUAUCAGCUUCUCCGAAAGUGUCAAAGCUGCAUAAACUGAUUAACUUUAAAAACUGCUGUUUUUGAUCAACAAUGGACAAUUAAUAAGUUAACUUUAAAGUGUGGAAUGAGCACAAUUCAUUUUGAGAUUUACUGGACUAUACGUUUUCAUUUCAAUCUGAUUUUUGUGGAUUUAUAAAUAUUGCCUGCUGAGCAAGUUCUAAUGCUUAUUUAUUUGAAAUAAUUUUUUACGCUAAGUACAUUAAUCUUAUGAAGUAUCUUCUCAAGGAAGGCCCUGUGGACACAGGAAAGAAAUAAAAAUGUUGAUAUUAUGCACAGACGUAUCUUAUCAUUUUUAAUCAUGAGGAUUUCAAAACUGACAGAGAUGAAUCCUGUUUCUCCAAUUAAAUCCAGGUCAAUUUCUCAUUGCUGGGUUAGUCAGUUUUAAAGUUAAUUACUGCAUGACCGGAAAAGUCUUGUGGACAUCAGUGACUGUUCUAUGGCUGGCAGGAGGAUAAAGGAGUUUGUAAUGUCAUAAUUAUCUCAUUAAAGUAGCAGUGCUACCCUCAAUCCAUUGACAAGGCUAUAGACAUCACAGUGAAAUGUCUACUACAGUCUUCAAAAUUUAAAAUUAAAAUUAAGGCCAUUAAAAUCCCUUCCUUUUGGUGUGCUGAUGACAAUAGGAUUUAUUAUGGGGAUUAAGAAAUGGCCACACUACUGAAGGAGAAUUGAGGGUAAUCUAAGUUUCCUUUCCAGUGUUUCCUUUUUACAUGAUUUCAUUAUGAGGUGUUUCUGUGUAUUAUAUAUUCAGUAUAAGGAAGAAGUUACUAUUUUUAAUAGAGCUGAUAACUUUAUUUUUUUACAAUAUGUUGCUUUUAUAAUUUUUUGUUUCUUUUAUGACUGAUCAUUUAUAUAGGAUUUGCAUAAGCCAUAACAAAACAAGCCAUAGUGACCAAAAUAGCCACUGCAAAGGAACAAAGUGGGUGACAACAUGACAACUCCUUGCUCUUGGGAACUUACCGACUGUUUCCUCCUUUAGGUAUUGGGACUGUGUCCCACGGCCAAACUUGUCUUUCACGUGGGAAUUGCUUUUGUCAAGUGUGAAAGGGUAAACAAUAGCAUUUCCCCAUCAUGCCAGCUUCACGGAGCCUAAAAUGCUUAGAAAACAAUUAGUAACCUGGAAGUUGUCAAAGUAAAGAAAAGAAUAAUCAUUUAGAUCUUGAAAUGUCACCUAUAGCCUUCUUGUGUACAGUAAUUCUUUUGUUCAUUAUUAGCAUGAUGACUCCCAGAAACAAUGUGUUCUUGCAAAGGAAUUUGGGUCUCUUUCUCUUUUUUAAAAAAUAUGCUUAAAAGGCAAGUGAAAUGAUAAUGGUACUUGCCUUUAAAAUGGGCAACCUUGUUCUGUUGGGACAAUGCAGGUCUCCAUCUUUAUGGGGCUGUCCUUGAGAAAAUUUUGCUGGCCUGGUUGAUUGCAAUGACAGGACUUUACACAUUUUUAAUGGAAUCAGAAGCCAGAGUGUGGUAGCCUAUAGCAGUUGGUUGCUGGUAGCAGCCAGGUGAUAUGAGCCUGGGUCACAAACCAAUAUUGUGAUUAGAAACUGUCCGUCUGUGGGAUUGCUAAGUGGUUAUGUAUGCCAUAUCAUGUAACUCACAUACCUACUGGGUGUGGUGUACUGACCCAUCUAGUGGCACCAAGACCACUGACAGAGAAAAUAAUGAGUCUGCUCUCCAGCUUUAAUUGAGAACCAGAUGGCUUUUAUCUCAUGCAGUAGAGGCUCAUGCACUAAGCUUCAGAAGUCCCAGGUUCAGUUUUGCCUAUCGGCAUUAUAAUUGCCCUUGGGGACAUCUUGAUAGCCAUCAGGGCUGAUAGCCACGGUGGUCCCCGGGGCAAAGUGUGUGGGGGAGCUGGCUUCAGGCCCCUAGAAGGGGCAGGGCCUUGGGCGUAUGGAGUGGAGUCAGUGGCAGUUAGCCCUCAGCGCUGCCCAGACCAUGGUGCAUUUCCCUUCCCCAGUCUCAGAACCACGUGGAAUGACAGAGCACCGCUGCAGUGGUAAUUGAAAAGGAGGCGGGGCUCUGGCCAUCACUGCUAUCAUAGUAGCAGUGGCAGUGGUGACUGGGAGCCCCGCCCCCUUAGAAUCUCCAGGCCCCGGGGCAAUUGCCCCUUCCCUGACUCCCUGGCUGUCGGGCCUGUUGUUAGCCACUCCUAGUAUGGUGUUGGUCAAGGCUCUGAAGAGCUUUGAUGCUUUACAAUGGAGUGUUAGUGCUCCGUAGCUGCCAGCAUGGGAAGGGAUGGAAAAACCUCAGUGACUCUGUGUAAGGGAAAGGGUUCUGCAUUUGGUGACAAGAUAAAAAGUUAUUGGCAGUGUUGAUCUCAUCAGAUAUAAGUGAAGAAUCAUGUGUAUUUUCUGGCAGUUUCUUUAACUGCCUCAGAGUAGCAUAUUGGAAAGAAUAACUGUGUAAUUUAUAUUCUUUUUUGAAAAAAAAACUGUUAAAAUGCAACUGUGUAUUUAUAUUUUCAAACUGGUUAAUAAAAAAGCAACAUAAGUAACAAUAAGUGUACUAGGAUAAAAGUAUGUGAGGUGAAAAUUUAUAUAAAGAGUGCUAACAACUUCUCAUAUUUUCCCUAUUGCCAAAGUUGGCUUUUGAAAUAGGGACUUUGCUUUCUCACAGUCGCAGGGUCACUAUGAGUCAUUGUGCUCUGAAAUUGUAAGUCCAUGCUCUGCCUUCAGUGACACUCCACUGGGCCUAAUUCUGCUGACAGUGAAGUGCCUCAGUCAUACAUGAGGGCAGGACUGACCCAUCAGCCCAUGUUUAUGACCUCACAGUGAGACAUGCUGGCUAGGUUGGUAAUGUGCAACAUUCUGCACGACGGAUGAGAUUUUUCAAAAGUGCUGAGCACUGACUUAACUUUGCUCCUACUGAAAACAAUGGGAUUUCCACAGGAGCUGUAUUGGGUCAGUGCUGUUUACUUUUGAAAACUCCACCUUUGGGCUUCACUACAGCAUCAUACAGAGAAGCAGGUGGUCUGAGAGAAAGUAAAACUUUGUUUUAACCAUGUCCUUGAAAGCCAACUGACUACUGAAAAUAAAUUAUUAUAAAUAUGUGAAUGAUAACUGGCUCUAAGUUUUAAGCAAGCAAGUUUUGCUCACUAUGAAAACCCAUCUUUA